GCGGAGGUGGCGAAGUCCGGGCCCCGCGCCAGUGGCGCCCCCGCUGCGCCCAGUGGCCCGGCUGUGGGUUAGGUGCGCAGCGAUGGCGCGGCCGCUCCGGCAGAGCCCGGGGGCCUGGCUGCCGCUGCUCUCGCUGCUGCUGCUCGGUCCCGUCGCCUGCGCCGCCAGCCCCGCGGACGACGGCGCGGGACCGGGGGGCCGAGGACCCCGGGGCCGCGCGCGGGGGGACGCGGGCGCAGACGAGGUGGUGCCGCGCCACGACUCCUCCUACGGCACGUUCGCGGCGGAGUUCUACGACCUGCGCUACCUGUCGGAGGAAGGUUACCCUUUCCCUACUGCUCCUCCUGUGGACCCGUUUGCCAAAAUCAAAGUGGACGACUGUGGAAAAACGAAGGGAUGCUUUAGGUAUGGCAAACCAGGUUGCAAUGCAGAGACCUGUGACUACUUCCUUAGCUACCGGAUCAUAGGGGCUGAUGUGGAAUUUGAGCUGAGUGCAGACACAGAUGGCUGGGUGGCAGUUGGAUUCUCUUCAGACAGGAAAAUGGGUGGUGAUGACGUCAUGGCCUGCGUCCACGAUGACAAUGGCAGGGUCCGUAUACAGCACUUCUAUAAUGUAGGCCAGUGGGCAAAGGAGAUUCAGAGAAAUCCGGCCAGAGAUGAGGAAGGAGUUUUUGAGAACAAUCGAGUCACCUGCAGAUUCAAGCGCCCUGUGAACGUUCCCAGAGACGAAACCAUUGUCGACCUGCAUUUGAGUUGGUAUUACCUGUUUGCCUGGGGUCCGGCCAUUCAGGGCUCCAUCACCCGACACGAUAUAGACUCACCGCCAGCUUCAGAGCGUGUUGUCAGUAUUUACAAGACUCCAAAGGUUCCUUUGUUCCCCGUGUCUGUGUUUUAACAGCCCGUUUAGAAGAGAAGACUCUUGUGGAUGUGGUUCUGCUGCCAAGGCACCUCCAUUGCAGAGUUUUGGGGUCCUCCGGGCUCGCCCCCAUGGCUCUAAAGCUGGAUCCACCCCUGUGGGUUUUUUAAUUAAACUAACUGGAGACGGUGGUGUCUGUUGCCAUCCUUGGAAUUCACAUCAGAGGUGUAAGUUCCCCUUUGGGGAAAGCUUUCGAAUUCUUCUGGAACUGAACAAAAAGAAGAAAAACAUGGACAUUUUGCGACAUUGCACAAUUCACCAAGCUCAUCUGAGGGGUGUAGGAGAAAUAACCCUCAUUGCAGGUGGGUUAGCUGACAUCAGGUGAGCAAAAGAACUGGUAGGAUUUAAAGUGGAGACAUUUGGUCCGAGUCCUUGGUUCCACGUGAUGACCAUUGCCUCAAAACUAAGCCCUCUGGCUGUGGCUAAGGAUGGUGGUUUAAUAGUGAAGACACUGAGUAUUCAGGCACCCACAUUGUAAAUAAGAGAGCAAAUAUUUUUAUAUUUCAUUCUCUAAUGUGUAUUGUAGUUCAGCUAUAAAUAGUUUAAAGCUAAAGAGAGACUUCAGCUAGUCCCUGUAGCUGGCAGGGAAGAAGUAAAUGAAUGGAUUUUUCUUCUGCUUACAUUUCAAGUCAAGCUACUUCUUUCAUGAAUUGGUCCUACUACAGUUACCGAUGUUGCACGUUUGUGCUCAGAACUUUGAAUGAUUUCUCACUGCCAUUAGUGUAAAACACAAGCCACUUUGAUGACCUCCAGUAUCUUCUUUUGUCACCACUCCUUACUUGCUCUGACCCAGCAAGACUGAACUGCUCUCUGCUCUUCAGACUUGCUUUCUUCUCUCUCAUGUUGCCUGUGCCCAAAUGUUCUCCAUCCACUUCCUGUGCUUGCUGAACUCCUGCUCAUCUUUCAGGCCACAGCUUAAAUACUUCUUCCUCCAACCCCCUGGACCAGGUAGGGUCAGGUCCCUGCCAAAGGUUCCUGUAGCACACUGGGCUUCCCUAUCACAGUUACUGUAACUGUUGGCUCCUCCUCCCUGCUAACUCCCUAAAGCACGGAGUAAUCAUUUCUUGUUAACUCAUCAUUAUCUCACACACACUACUAAAUGGUAGGUAUUUGGCAGACAUUUGUUGGAUGAGUAAAUAAACAAAAUGGUACUUCUAUGGCAAGCUUCUUUGGGUCAGAAGAUGUGUAUUUCAUAGACAUUGUCAAACUGGCCAAUAUUUUUAUAUUCUUCUACCUACAGUCAAACCAUAAUCCAUCCUUUUAGUCAACACCGAAUUCUGUCUUUUCAAAGAUAAAUCCAAGAUCAUUAGUAACAAUGCUGUUUUGCCCUGCAAAACAUAGUUAACAUUCUUAAUGAUAAUCAUGGUUCAGAAAUAAAAAUUCACAGAGCUGGGAUGGAGGACAACAUUUAACCAUCAUCUCAGAGAAUCAUCAGUUCACAGACACAUUGGAGUUAAAACUCCGUAGACUUCAAUUUCAUUCAUUCUUAACUAAUGUGAGAUAAUCAACUUCUAUUUUGUCUUUGUAUUCCACUUUCUAACAUUGUACUUGUUGCAGGGAGUUACCCACCUGUGUUUUUGUAGAAUAAUAAUGCUAGCCAUAUGUACAGUGCUGUUCUAAGCACUCUCGGUGGAUUAACACAUUUAAUCCUCUCAACAACUGUGGGAAAUAGAUUCUAUUAUUAAUCCGAUUUUACAGAUGAAAACACUGAGGAUAGGCAUUUGGCAUAAAUGACCAGGACUGGCAAGGACUUUAGAGACCAUUUAAUCUGAUGCACUCAUUUUCCAAAGGGGCAGCUGAGGCCUAGAGAGGUGAUACGAUUUCCUACACAUUCAUGCCUCCAGGCACAUUCUUGAAAACUUUUAUUAAAUGGAACCUACUAUCCACACUCAAAUUAGCUAGAGUAACCUACAAUGAAAAGAAGGACUUUAUAUAGUUGUAUUUGGAGAAAGGUACAUUUUACUUUCUAUCCGCUUUUUUUUUCUUCAUUUUAUUUUGAUUAUUUUACCGGUCAUUUUAGAGCUUUUAAUAGUUUUAUUUUAAAUUAAUACACAGAUUGGGUAAGGCUAAAAUGUAUUGUCUUGGUUCGUUUUAAAAAAUAGCUUGCCUAAAACCUGGGUCUUCUAACUUGGAGUCCAGUGUGCUUUUAUUACUCCCCAGGAGUCUCAAAGAUAAAUCGGCAAACACGAUUUCAGACAAAAUGCAGGGGCCGUGUUUAAUUAAGUUAGCUUUUGUCAUUAAGGAAAUCCCCCAUGGUUUUCACUGCUAUUUCCACAAUUAAGUUUACUCUGUACACAUAGGAUUUUGUGCCUAAAAGAUAUUACCACCGAGGUUGUAUAUCAUUCUUAGCUCUAGCCUAGGGGGUCAGCGGACUUUUUCUAAAAGGACCCAGUGGUAAAAAUGUUCAGUUUUUCAGUCUCUGUUUCCAAUGUUUGACUCAGUCAUAGACCAUUCAAUAAGCCAACGAGCACGGCUGUGUUCCCAUAAGCCUUCGCCGGCACUGCAAUUGGAAUUUCACCUAACUUUUACACAUAAAUAUUCUUUACAUUCAAAAAAAUUUUUUUAAUGUAAAAACCAUUCUUAGCUUGCAGGCCACACAAAAAUGGGCAGCAGGUUUGGCUGGCCUGCGGACUGCAGGCCCCCCUUGCUCUCCGCUGAGAGGCAUACCCCUGUGUCACGAUCGACUAUGAAGGACACACCGCCAGGAACGUGUUGCUGGUGGAUUGUAAAAACAUUGAAAUUAGUGAGUGAUUGGUUUAUAAAGUAUAGUUGACUAAUUGUUAUCUCGGUAAAUGGGUUCCCAGACACUUCCACUCUAACAGGUUUUCCAGAGUUGAUGGGAAAGUGUUGGCCGUUAAGUCGGGCCUGGGUGGGCAGCAGCUUCAUGUUACCUACGCUGCCGCAGUCACGAGUGACUUCCAUUGGUGAAUUGCUCUUCGUAGUGGGGAUUACCAUGUUGCAGAGUCAUUUCUUGUCCUUUAGACAUUAAAAUUUUUUGGUCAAAAUCUGCUAUUGCUACUGGAAUGUUUUACACAUGUGACAAUGCCAUCUGCCUUGUGUGACAUAAUGAAAAAAUGUUUGAGAACCACUGGAAUAGGGCAAAUGCUGAGGUGUGUAUAUUUUGUUGUAUAUAAUUGUAUUGUAUGCCUUUGUUCUCUAAGCAGAAUUGGUUAUGUUUAGUGAACAGUUUGCUUAUUCUUGGUGUAUAUAUAUAUUUGUAUAUACAUGAUGAGGUCUGUGUGUGUUUACACAUAAAUGCCUAAAGGUAUGUACACAUGUAUACAUACCAUGACUAUUUGAAGGUCCUUGCUAAGAUUGUUUGUGUUUCUGAUCUCUUGACUACUUUAAAGCCUGAGAGAUAAAACAUGGUGGGUAUACAGGCAAAAUGACCCCGGAAUUUAUAGUGACUCAGUUUGUAGAAAGGAUUCCUAGAUCUUUUAUUAAGCCUUGCCUCCUCCAUUCAACAUUAUGUGAAUUGUUAAGAACAUUUAAAGUAUCAUUGUUGAGUAUAGCUUUUCUAUACUGUUAGUUAAGAAUCUAAGACUCGUGUUAAUGGAGUACACAGCAUGUUGAUGCAACCCAUACUUGGUUUCUAUUUAAUUAGAUUCUUUAUUUAGCUAUUUGGUUGUUUAGUUUCAAGUUGAAGUUCUUCGUUUUUCUAUUUAAUAGAUGACUUGAGUAUAAGUUACUUUUCAUGAAAACAGUGGCUAUGCUAAUGUGAUUUUAAGUAUGGCUGAAAAACUUAAGUGAAGCAUUUAUCUCUGGAAUUUUUCAUUAAAAAAUAUCCUGAUAUUUGACCAAUGUUUUUAGACCCCCACCGCCACCCCGGAUAUUUGCUGUUAGGCAAGUAGCUGUUUGGUUCCAUUCUUCUGGAGAGUAAGCGAUUCUCCCGGGUUGUGGGGUAUUGCAGGGGUUGUGGCAUUUGUGCAGGUCACUGGGGUGGGUACCAUUUCAUCACACAGGAUGUCCUGGCUGCCUGGAAGAGUACAUGCAGCUUCUCCACAUGCCUUAUUCCCACAGCUGCGCUGAUAUGCUGCAACAAUCUGGCUCCAGGAGUAUGAAUUUACUUUUUUGAGAUUGUCUAUAAAAUACUAUUUUGUAAAAAUGAUGCCUUUAACUAGACAUUGAUAGGUUAUAUUUGUUUUAUAAUAAUUGUGUACCUAAUGUUCAACUGUGAUUGAUUUUGAGAUUUCUGUAUAUUUAUAAGCCUGUCCCAUGUGAAUUUUUACUCUAAGAUGUGUGGUACCUUACUAAUAAAACAAGGAUUUCUAUUUAUGUAAAGUAACUGUAGCAAUAUUCCUAAAUGCUACCCAAAUGAUUGUACUGUUGAUUUGCCAUCACAAAUACUUUUAUCCUUAGAGGAUGAUAUCACAGUUAGACUA